UUUGCGAUGGAAACAAAGAGCUUGUUCGCAGUCACCGGAAGAAUACUUAUUGCCUUCGGGAUUCUGAGCCUGAUUUCUGGAAUUAUUGCCUUCUUCCCGGUUUUUUCCUACAAACCUCAGUUUGUCGGAUGGAGCAUUCACAUUGCCUCGCCCAUCUGGAAUGGAGCUUUGUGGGAAUCUGGUUUCACCUUCAGCGUCUUCAGUAUCAUCAGCUCUCCAGUCCAAGGUGUCAUUGCUGUUGCGUCCCUCCUUUACGGACCUUAUUGCUACUACUCGUUUGCUGGGAUUUCGGGAACAAACUACCUUGGCUAUGCUAUCCUGUUCCCAUUUCCUUAUGGCAAGUUUGCAUCUGUCUGCAAGGACCCCUUGCACUAUGAAUGGUAUCAUGUGGCACUGCAAAUUCUAGACUUUUGCUCCAGUCUUGCCGUGCUCUGUGCCGCUAUGGCUACGGUGGUCAAACUCACAGCAAGGCUGCUCCAGUUUGGACAUUUAAAUGGGGAAAGGCAUGCCCAGUGAUGCAGAAAAUACAUUCAUCAGAUAACACCUUUAACAGAAAGUCUCUGAACAUCAUCAUCAUCAUCUGGAGAUCAGUUGUUGAUUGAUUUGCCAUUAGGCGUAUACAUUCAAAUGCUUUCUUUUUAAAGUAAAUGCAUAAAUUGUACAGGAUUACAUUGCAAAGAAUUCAGUUGUUGCUGAGAAUUACAUAUACAACUGCUGGGUUUGAGUGCAAAGCAGCUCUGGACAUUUGUAGUAGGCCUGGUUGGCUUUUCAUAUGGCAGCAGCCCCUUGCACCUCCUGUGGUGCUGUUCUGGGGGGUAAAAAGGUUCCAUGCAUCUAGACCAAUAAGCACUAACACAGGAGCAAACUAGACGCUAUGGGAAUCACAUGUUCUACUACCAUUUCCACACUUGAAAAGUCUGGUGUGUGUGUGUGUUCCCGUUGUGACACACUCUCGAUCAGAAUCAGGCCCUUGCAGCAUUUUUAAAUGGCUGGAUUUGCCUCUACAAUGGCAUUAGCAACCGCGGGUAGGACUAGUAGCUGCCAUAAUGUCUAGUUUGUCCCUCUGUGGGGUGAAUCCUAUAUAACAUCAGUGGAGUUUUUCUCAUCAAAGCACAUAUUCCUCCUUCUCUUUCCUGCUGCAGCCUGCUAGCCUCUCGCAAUCCUUUCCUGUCUUUUGUUUUAUUUAUAGUGCUUUUAAUAUGUAUUUCAGUUUGGGUUUUAGGUUUUUAAUGUUUGGUUUUAGGUUUUUAAUGUUUUACAGUGUUUUAACUAUUAGCCACCUUGGCAGCCCUUAUUGGGAAGAAAGGUGGCACAGAAAUUUCAUAAAUAUAAAUAAAUAAAUAGUGUCCUAAGGAGGUGAUCUCUGGACCUCAAAUAACAGUGUGGGGACAAAGAGGAGGGGAGACACAGUGGGAGGUGGGAACUGGCAAACGUUGCCACCCUUUCCCCUGUCUUUCAGUGGAAGACAAGGUUAGGAGCUACCCUGGUACAUGUAGCUACAUGGUUGGUGCUACUGCUUUGAACAUGCAUUGGAAAAAGCAGCAUAUAUAUUGUAACAGUAGAGAGGUGGGUGGCUGGAUUAAUGGACAGAUUUCCAGUAAGCCCAGCAGAGAUUCUAUUUUUCACUUUUAUUCCAGCUAUGCACAUUCUGCUAGAAAGCGUGCAAGACAGAACUGCAGCCAAUGUGUACUUUUCAAAACAGUUAUUUCCCCUUCUCUUUCACCUGUCAGCCACAUGUUGCAAGUACACUUUAGCCUAAAUAUAUGGGUCUGACCUUUCAAGAUCACAAGCUGCUGGCGUGUAAAAGCAAAGAUCAAAGCUCCCAGUGUUUCAAAGUGAUAGGGCACCUUCCAUGUAUUGUUUGACCAAACCAACUCACCUUUCCAGCCAGUUCACACCAGACUGCAGCCUCCAGAUGAACACUUCGGGUCUGCACAGGGUCACUGCUAGGCAGCGCUUCCAUAAAGGUAAAAUGAACACCACCCAACAGCCCCACAUAGGGGCUGCCUGUCCAUGAUUUGCACAGCUGCAACAGCAGUGCUUUUAUGGGCAUCCCAGAUAAUGCAAUUUGCAGCUACCAGUGCUGCUUUAUCACUGGGCAAAAUGGACAAUUACCCAGUGCCCACCAUUGCCAGUGCUGUAGAAAUGCCCCUUCUAGCAGUGCCUCCACUCCUCCACACACCACUGUUGCCUGCUCCUUCCCCGAUCCCAUGUAGAUUGUACAUGGGGUGGCAAAACACACGGCUGCGGGGAAGAAGCAGGUGGCAAAUGCUGUCAGUUACUCCUGUGGCCAGUGAGAUGGAGGGUUUAAGAUGCCCUUAAAAGGGCAUUGGGCCCACCUUGUCAGCAUUUUUUUCCAGGCAACUCAACAGUUGCCUGUUUGCUGCCCAGCUAAGAGGCCACAAGCUCAGGACAAGGCCCAGAGCAGCAGCCAAUGGCUGCUGAUAGAAUCAAGGCAAUGGGUGUAGCUGACAGGGCUCAGGCCUUGCCUCAUAAGUCAAGACCCACAGUGUAUCAUCUUCUUUCAACUGGCCAGGUCAGGGGUGCCCUGCUUCAAAGAGAAGGCCCGAGUGAGUUGAGGCAUGCUUAAAUCUGAGGUCAAUUGAAUUGGCUAUAGCAAGCAGCAUUUGAAGUGAGCAACAAGAUGACAGACCAACAGAAAAUUAGCUUCAGGCAUGUGUUAUGUAGUGGCUAAUGAAGGGACCUAAGAAGUUCGUGAUUCAAAUUUUGCUUCAGACAUUGCUAAGUGUCAGGGUGCCAACUUCCAGGUGGGGCCUGGAGAUCCCCUGGAAUUACAACUGCUCCCCAGACAAGAGAUCAGUUCUGCUGUAGAAAAUGGCUGUUUGAGAGGUUAUACUCUAUGGCAUUAUAUCCUACCGAGGCCCCUCCCCUCCCCAAAGUCCUUCCUCCCUUGGCGACACCCCUAAAUCUCCUGGAAUUUCACAAUCCAGAGUUGGCAACUAAGUGAUCUUGUCUCACAUAUGUUAUUUUCUUACUCCUUUAGCUCCUACAACGCUCCCAAAGGGGAAAAAAACCCCAAACAUUUCCCUCAUAAACUCCAUCAGAGGGCCAAGCCCCAAGGGUUGGACAAUAAUCACUGCAUGUUAGUAAAUCUGUAAAGUAAUCCAGUAUUAUCAUUCCCAUAAAGGGAAUUUUAAAUGCGUUUGGAUUUACAACCUGGUUUUCCACCAUGUUGUUCUCAGUGUGGCUUAUAAACGGGUGAGUGCUGAGGCAAACAGAUUGGAUUGCCCAUGGAGUUUGUAGCUCAGCUGAGACAUCAACUUCCUGACUUGUGGCUCAAACACAGAGCCUCGCUACAAGUGACAUCUUACACGCGAACGGCACUUGAUCAUUUUCGCAAGUCUUUCUGGGAAUUGAAGUCCCUCUCCCCCACCCCUUUUCUUUCUGUUCCUUCCCCUCUCUGUUA